UAUAGAUAUGUAUUUUGGUAUAAUUAUUUCUUGGGUAUUUCCAUUUUCCAGCAACCGUAGAUGAGCUUUUGGUUUUAAGAAGCUAUUUUAUCAAACUACCGAGAAAAGUUAUUUCUUUUAUUUUUAUUAAAAUAUUAAGAUAGAGAAUUAUUUUACUAAAUUUCUAGAGAUGCUCUAAUUAUAAAAUAAAACAAAAGAGCUACUUGUUAAACUUUCAUCACCUGUCACCAAACGCCCCCUUGUACCGACACGAGACUGCUGGUUGAUCCACGGCAUCAGCGGCUGAUAAAAAAGCAUGAGAUGCUGCUGCCAGAUCGGCAAAGAAGGUUCCAUGAGCUGGCUCUGCAGACUGCAGUCCGCACUCCUCCUAGGAGCUCCCAGUGUCCACACGAGUGCUCUCUGUGCUCCUCCACGACGACGCACGCGGGCCUCCCCCACCGCCGCCGUUGUCUGCUGCUGGGCCCCGCCCCCGCAUGCCAGAUCUGCCGUACACUGUUCCAGCGGACAGCCCCGGCCGCCAGUCAGUCCUCAACAACAGUCACUCAUCUGAUACUCUGCCUUAUCGUCAGAGCAGAGCCGAGCGAGCAGCAGCAGGAGAAGAAGCAGCAGCUAAAGCCCGCAGCGCAGCGCGCGAGCGAAUACAACAACGCGAUGGACGACGACGACGACUUCACCUUCCCCACCGUUGCCACCGCCAGGGGGCCGCCGACGUUGCCAGAAAGGCAGCUCGGCCGCCACGACGACGACGACCCGGCGCCGCACCUGCCGCACCAGCUCCCUGCGCUUCCCAACCUCGCCGCGGCCUCCCCUCUGUGGCCGUUCGCGGGCUCUGUUCCCAAGACGACGGCGGCGGCAGUGGCGGCGUCCCCGCCCGCGACGUCGGACGACGAACAAGAGCGCAGCGCCGUGGCAGGGCAGGAGGAGGAGGACCAUCGUGCCGCCACUGACGAGGACAGGAUGGACCUGCUAUGGGAAGUUAUUACAACCACCACCAGCACCAGGUCCGUCGCGACAGCGCCUGCAGAGUCAAGGAGCGUCGCCGGCGGCCACGCGGGGCCGCCACCACCACCACCACCGGAGCAGCAGCGCGCCACCGCGGCGGCCGACGCGGACUACGACAAGCAGCGCGCCGCGGCGCUGGCCGACGCGGAGCGGAUGGACAAGCUGUGGGAGAGCUUCAACGAGGACCUCGUCCUGCGGCACCGAGACCGAGCGCGCCGCUCCAAGUCCGCCGCCGCCGCCGGCAUCAACAUCAAGGUGUCGCGAGCAGCAGCAGCAGCAGCGGGAGGUGGUCUGGCCGACGACGACGACCGCUGGUACCUCUGCAACUACGGCUCGCCGUCGUCGGGCGCCGACGACGACGGCGGCGAGUCGUCCGACGACGACCGGGAGACGUCGGCGUCGUCGCCCGCGGAGCAGCGGCGCGGGUACGGGUGCGCGCCCACGAUGCUGCGCGCGUCGUCGCGCGCCGGCGGGGCCGGCCAGUUCUGCGGCGCCGCCAGCCCCGGCACCGGCGGCCGACGGCGGCGGCGCGGCCGCGGGGCGGCGGCAGGGUGGGCGCUCCUGCUCAGGCUGUUCCGGAGGCUCUUCGCCGUCGACAAGACGGCGCCGCCGCCGUCACGCAGCCACAGCAGCCUCUACGUGCCAUGAUCAUUACCGCUCACUUUCAUUUCCUGCUUGUCUCCAACUGAUUAAUUUGCAGAAUUUUACGUACGGCACUCACAGCUCCUCGUCUUUUUUUUUACGUCAAAAACAAAAACUAGCUACUAGAUGCAUGCAUUGCAUGAUUAGUUAACGAAAGUGUCUGUACACUGCCUGUUCGUCUGUUUUCUCUCCCUGAAACAAGAACAGAGAGUAGGGUUUAGUAAAUAUCCACAGUGAAUCUGAUGCAUGUAUUUGUGCUCCGUGUAUCUUUUGAUGAGGUGCUGCCAAGGCAUGGGAUAUUGGCAUGUGUGUGGUGAUUAAAGGGAAAGACAGCAUUGCUAA